UGCUCUAGAUGGUUUUGUACCAGAUAAUAUAACUUGACUAUCAUUACUUCGAAAGUACUCUGUAUUGUUCAUUGGUGUAGGGUAGGGUUUUUCAUCACUCUGCAUAAUUAUUCGUUUGUUCGUACAUGACUAUAAAUAUACUUAUUCGUUAUUCGUCUGUUGCUCUCAGCGUUAUAUGCGUAUGCCAUUUAUCCAACUAGGUACUAUUAUUUUGAAAUUUUUUCAUUCCUGUCUUGCAAAAUUUUUUGGAACUUUCGUGAGACGUUUUGUUUGAAUUUUUUUUAAAUUUUGAGUUUCGAGCAUCGUAGAAUUAUAAUAUUGUUUCCAACUAUGAUGUCAAAAGGUAACUAUAAAGCAGUGAAUUUUUACUGAAUAUUUUCUGGUAGUUUAUUGCGGUUUGGAUUCGGUGUUGUAAGAAGAAAGCCGGCGAAUUGUAUUUUUUCGAAGAUGCAUUAUUCAAGAAAAUCAACAUACGAAGGGGUUCCCGCAUCCUUGUACAAAAUGUUAACCCUAGUAGAGAAUUACAAAGCAGGAACGGAUAUGAUUACAGAUUUUCAAAAAGAGUUGUUUAAAGAUCAUUUAGAAAUCAAGAAUGCUCUGUUAUCAGUGGACGAAAAAGAAUUCAACACUUGUCGUUUGCUCGCAGUAGAAACUAUGGAAGACAUGCUUAGAACAGAAGGAAAUCCUAACCUCAGGAAGUUUCUUGCUGAUAAUCCAGAAAGUCUUAGUGAAUCCGAUAAAUCCAAACUGCUAAAUUUGUUAGAUUAUAGAGACCAGAUGAUUAAGGAGUUUAAAACGAAAGCAUCGAUAGAUCAAGACAAAUCCGAUGUUUUGCUCGUAGUACCAAUUUUGGAAGACGGGUUUAGAAUGAAAGGAAUUCCUAACUUCAGGAAGUUUGUUGCUGAUAAUCCAAAAUGUUAUAGUGAAUCCGAUAAAUCCAAAAUGCUAGAGUUGUUUGAUUAUAGAGAUCAGAUUAUUGCGGAAUUUAUAAUUAGAAUUGUAUCAGUAUCCAGCCAGCUGAGCGCAUCGGAUACUUUGCUCGCAUUAGCAAUUAUGGAAAACAUGCUUAGAACGAAAGGAAUUCCUAACCUCAGGACGUUUCUUGCUGAUUAUCCAGAAGGUCUUAGCGAAUCCGAUGAAUCCAAAUUAUUAGAAUUGGUUGAUCAUAGAGACCGGAUGAUUGUGAUUUUUAAAGUUCUUAGUAAAUACAAAAUUGGUAGUAGAAAAGAUGAUUGGUUUCGUGAUAGAAUUCCUAAUUUAAAGAGAUAGGUACUUAUUUAACUAUAUAGGUAUAUCGUUGAAAUGGUGUGUUGUGAAACCAUAUGUUAGAUAUUUAAAUAUUUUUUCAUCUCGUACUUUUUAUUUGUAUAGUCGUAACAUUGUGAUUAAUUUUUUUUUAAUUUUUAAAUCGGCGUAUGAAAUAAUUAUAAAAUGUUUAGUAAAAAUAUAAAUGAUGCAUUUUUGUA